AUGGCUCUCGAUUUGUACAUCCUGCCUUGCCGCAAGGACCCUGUACAUCAUCAUCACCCGCCGCCGGCCGAAAAGCCCUUGAGGAUUCAAAUUGAGGGUCCUCUUGUUGCCAUUCAGAGACUCUUCCCCGAGGCAGAAUGGCAGAUUGAUGUCUUCAACCAAAUAUUUCCGCAGCCUGCAGGACCGCUACUUGCAAAUUUAACGUUCGAGAAGAUUUACGGGCGGCGGGCUCGACCAGAGGAAAUUGCUGGCGAUCUGGUAGUUCGAGACCAGUACCUGGGUUGGGUUAUGGAAGGAAUACGGCCUUUGAACGAAAUUGACUAUUACGGCGUUACAUUUGAUCACCUCGUUCCGCCUGACGAUGAAAACCCAGAAGUCUUGCAGAUAAAUAUUAUCGAGAUAGAGAAUGAUGGGGGAGUAUAUGCAGCUUCAACGCUGCCGUUCACGGUAGAUCCAGCAGAUUAUAUUGGAAUAAAAGUCCUGGCAGUUCCCAGGUGCUGUCAAAAGAGGAAGGGUACGCAGGAUCGAGGUAGGGUCAACGAUGCGGUUCUCGAUAGGGAAUCAGAGUCCCGGUCUAGAGAGAAGGCAACAAACGGUGUUGGAGUGGAUAGCGAGUCUCCAGCGGUGCAUACUACUCGAGCCGUAUAG